CGACCGGCACCGCCAAUUUUACAAUUACUUAAUAAAUACGAAAUUUGAAAAUUAUUUUAAAAAAAAAAUUAACAAAAAUUUAAAUUUAAAAACCCCAAAUACCGAAGCCCAAACCUCCGACCCCAGCGAGUUGGGAACGGUCUUCGUCUUCUUCUUCUUCUUCUUCAUCUGCCUUCUCUCUCUACUUUCUCUCUCCUCUGUUCUUAACUUUUUUGUUCUGCUUUUCUGAUUGCUCUGUACACUGCGGCGCUGUUCUUUUUUUUGCUCUUUUCCUUUUGUAUUUGUUUCCCCGUUUACAUCCGCCGGCCCGCCGCUGUCCUGGCUUUUCCUUCUUUCAUUCUGUAUAUAAUACUGCUCUCAACUUUUUGAAGGUUGGAUACUCAACUGCUGCCACUUGAUUUUCAGGUUUUGUUCUUUUUCGCUCCCUCUUUUAUUUGAUUUUUCUUUUGUUGUGGUGGAAUUUGAAUCUGUUUGUGAGAUAUGGAAAUUCUAGGCUUCUUUGGCGUGGAUCUGGUGUUUUGGUUUCGGAGUUCUUUUGGAAUUGUUUAGGUCUAGAGAUGGUUAAUUUUACUCUGGAUGAAUGGAUUAGGGUUUUUAGGGAAGGAAGUUGUGUUUUAGGGUUUGAGGAUUAGAGGACUUAUUGAAUCGUUUAUGAUUUUAGUAUUUUAUGAAAAUAAUUUUGAAUUCGUGCAGGUUUUGAUUAUUAAUUUUUUUCGAUCUAUUAAGGGGCUUUGGAUAACAUAUGUGCGUGUUUGUCUUAAUUUUUUAAUUGUUAUGAUAGUGAUGUAAAGGAUCAUGCCAUGUAAUGAACUAAUUUUUUUUUUGUCCGUUCUUUUUAGCUUGAAUAUUUUAAUUAUUCGCGAAAUUUCCGAACAAUUUCCGAUUUGCGGGGGGGACAAAAUCAAACUUUGAAUUUUCUUCCGAUUUCAUCGUUUGUUUGGUGCCAUUUGUCGCCAGGAUGCUUUGUUUCUUGUAUUACAUAUGUUUUCGGUUGCUUUCUCAUCUCUCCAGCUUUAUUUGUCCCUUGGAAUAACCGAAGGCGAGUAUGAAUCACUGCGGCAUUCUGUCGAACACCUUCUCGGGUCACGACGAGGAGAUGAGGACCUCUGUUCCGCGUCCCGUUUCAGACGUUAGAGAUCAUAUUGUUUGCCCUAAACCACGGCGUCUUAGUAAUCUACAGGUCGCCGUCAACGGCCACGCCGAUAGCUUUUUCCGGUGGAAUGUUUGUCACCAAGUUGAGCAAAUUGACAUGGCAGCCGGACCGGAUCUGCUUGACUUCCUGCUGAAAAAGGAUUGUCGCAGCGUGGAUCAAUCGUUUACGCAGUUGGCUUCGACGCCCCCUUUUUUACGUGGGUCUCCGCCGAGCAGAGUAGCCAACCCAUUGAUUCAGGACGACCGUUUCGGGGAUGAAAAUUUCAUCCCCUUUUCACCGAUCGCUUCACCGUCAGGUCAGUUGUCGCCCCCUACAGCAACCUCCAGGAAGGGAGGCGGCCGUGUAAGGGCGAGUUUUGGGAACAAACCAACGGUGAGGAUUGAGGGUUUCGAUUGCCUGGACAGGGAUAGGCAAAAUUGCAGCAUCCCUGCCUUCGCUUAGAAAACCCAUCUCAAUUUCAAAUCCAUAGAAUACAAAGAUCUCCAAAAACAAUUUGCCCUUCUUUUGUGAAUACUUUUGAAGUGUUCUUUGAAAAUGUAAAUGAAAAUCAAUUCCCAUGUAUACAAAAGCUAUGUAUUUUUAAGCUUUUUUUCUUUUUUUUUUUUUCUUUCUUUUUUCGAGUCGAUCAAGAACAAGCAACGAUGCGUGGAUGGUCAACCUCUUGUAUUAUAUUUUUGUACUUAGAAGUCAUAAGGUUGAGGAAAUUUUCGUUGUUGUUCGCUGGUUUUGGGAUGAUUUGUGAGAGAGAGUGAGAGGCAAUUUGUAGAUAUUGCAGAAGAACUUGAAAUGGAGUCUGUAGAAGUGAUGAACAUGUUGAUAUAUUGUAGAACAUUUCUUAUUCUUAAUCUCUGUUCAUCAUCUUUC